UAAAUCGUCGCGAUGUCUGCUUUCAAUCCCUUUCGUAGGAAUCUGGAUGGCGGCGCUGCCACGGCGAUGGGUUCGACGGCUCAAUCUACGAAUAAUAUGGCCUCAAGCCUGACUUCCAGCCCUGCCCAGCCGAUUCCCUCGGUGCCUGCUUUCCCCAGAAAGUCAUCGUUGUCGUUGGAGAUCGAAGAGGAUGACUCGACCUCCUCAGAUGAACAAACAACAGACCCGUUCAAUCCGGAUUCCUCGGUCAGCGAUACAGAAGACGAUGAUAAUAUGCAGAGCUCCAAGAGCCCAGCUCCCGGUGAUCGUCCACAACAUCCCCAACAUUCGUUUGGGUCUGCUCCACAUCAAGCUCCAUCCACGGACGGAUCGGCCACACCCCCAUCAGAAGGUCCAUUGACCACAAAUGAAAACAAUGAGCGCUCAAAAGCCAGCUCGACAACAUCUAGCACCGAUCAAGAUAUCCCUUCAGCGCUGAAUCAGUCGGCUGGGGGAUCUGAAUAUAAACAAAGCACAAGUCCUACCACUCGGACUAAUAGAGACAAAAAGCCACCGCCGCCGCCAAAGAGCCAUCAUGGUAAACGGAUCAAUACUACAACCAAACUACCAUCGUCCCCGUCGGCACCUUCUCGAUCAAAUUAUCCUCCAUCAUUUCAUUCCACGUCGCCAGAGAGCUUGACCACUUCCCGAACAGCAGUCACCCCCAAUGCCAGCUCGGGCCUACCACCAGUUCCCGAUUACUUCACUAUCCAAUCACAAAGCCAAGCGGCAACAGGUUCAAAUGAAUCACUUUCGCGCAGUGGCUCUCAGCAUAAGCGUGCGCCAGCCCCACCUCUCAGCCGACGGCAAAGCCAAAUGCGGUCCAAGUCCACUGAGUCCAAAUCGAGUACCAGUCGAUUGACCAUGUCCUCGCGGGAAUCUGAGGGCAACGAUAGCUCCCAGCCACCGAGUCCUGGUCCAUCAAAUCUGUCGGCGUCGUCUUUCUCGAAAGAUCGUAAUCGCAUGAGCAUGCCUCCGUCAUCCUCGGCAUUCUCUGGCGACCUUCGUGGUGCAUUUCCUUCAGCGGGAGCUGGCCAUCUAUCACCUUCUACUAACUCCCAAUCAUCCCAGCCUGGGCGACGAGCCUCCUCAUAUGGCAAUUUAGCCAGCGGAUCCUCCGUGGCACCGCCACCGCCGCCUCCCCCUCGACGGGCGCGGGAUGGUGCCCGUAACACCGAAGGGAGGCCUGUGUCACAAAUUAUUACUACAGAGGAGCCGCUGCCUCAGCCGUCUAAUGCGCUUGAUAUAUUGGCCGAUCUUUCACGAUUACAGAAAGAGGUGGAUGACCUUCGUGGACAAUAUGAGAGUCGCAAGGCCAGCGAGUAA